AUGGAUGAUAAUGACCAGCUGCGCGACCUCGUGCAGGGCCUGGAGCGGCGGCUGAAGGAGGCGAGGAGCGGCGUGGCGGAUCGCGACAGCAAGGCCAGAGAGCGCGCCGACCGCGAGGCGUGGCAGAGCGAGCUCGAGCGCAAGCUGCGCGCCGAGCACCACGCGGCGCUCAAGAAGCAGCAGGAGGAGUGGGCGGUGCAGGUCGAGGGCGAGAGGAAGGCGCUUGAGGCGGAGCGCGCGAAGGUGCGCAGGCUGGAGGCCGCGCUCAAGGAGCAGGGAGGGGCGGCGGGCAGCGGUGCGGAGGGACAGGCGGAGAAGAAGGGGGCGGGCGCGGAGGUGUCCGCGUGA